CACCGCCGUUCCGGUGGUGCCGGCGCAGCUGCUAGCCGUUGCUGGGCGGGGGGAGGGGGAGCCCUGGAGACGGAACCAUUCCAUCCAUCAUCAAUGGUGUCGGCCCAGGUGCGGCUAGCCUUGCAGGCCAUGCGCUACUACCGGCUGUGGAUCUACGCGUCCAAUCUGGUGCUGAUGGCCGGCGUGGUCAUCUUCGCCUCGGUGGCGGCCGCUUUGCUCUCCGACCCGAGGAGGCAGCUCCUGCCGCCAUCGGCAGUCAGUCCUCACCAGCCGAGCGUCGUCUACGCCUACGCCGCCCUCGUCCUCCAAGGCGCCGUUCUGCCCGUCGUCGGAUGCCUCGGAGCCCUGAGGCUCAGUGAAAAGCUCCUCAAUUCCUACUGGAUCCUCCUGCUCGUCCUCCUGGCCGGCGACAUGCUCGUCGGCAUCGUCUGGGUCUUUCGUUUCCAAAGACUCGUCGCCGGCCUCGUGCCCGACCUCAAGAGCCGUCUCAGUCUCGACUACGGCAACGACGCCGAUUUCGACGCCGCCUGGGACCUUUUACAGCGCUCGGCCCGUUGUUGUGGCGUCGAAUCGCCGGCCGAUUUCAACAACUCGCACUGGCUGGCCAACCUGGCCGACCGGCCAGCCUGGCAACCGGCCGGACUGUCUAGCAAUCGCGUCCAAGUUGCGUCCACACCGCACGGCCGUCCGCUGAGGCCGUCUCUGAUCGGAGACCAGCGCGUCAGCCGUUUGCCGCUGCCCGACUCGUGCUGCAAGUCGGCCAGCUUCAACAGUGACCAGUUGAGGAAGAACGGGUUCAUGUCCAUGGCCAGCGAAGUGCCGCCGGGCCGCAAGGAAGUCUACGGGACGGGCAAACACCGCCAGCAGUUGAGAGACUACAACGAACGCUACCACGAGCGAAUGAUGAGAGAACAACUCCACUUGCAACAACAACAACAGCAACAACAACAACUGGCGGGAAAUAUGAGUUUGAAUCAUCGGUCCGUCACCGCCAUUCCGCAUCAGGGAUCCGUGCGCAUCCAGCGACGGGCGACAACGCCAACAGCGGCGCCUACGAUCGCAAUGAGUCCGUCCGUCGGCCACAAAAAGGACGGCCAGCAGCAUCGAAACCAACAACAGCACGCCAAGCAGCAGAGGCAUCGGCUUGUGCCCAGCGAAGAGAAAGAGGCGGACGACGAGGAGGACGAAGACGACGAGGACGGAACGGACGGGGAUGGAGGGCCGUCGGUCGAGUGCGGCGGGGUGUGGCCCAGCGUGGGCGACGUGAGCGACGUGCACGAAUCGGGGUGCGGCGAGUACGUCUCGUCGUGGCUGCACAUGACGGGCGACACUCUGUUCGUGCUGGGCUAUUGUGUGCUGGCCUUCGUCAAGCUCUGCUUCCUGGCCAUCUUGCGCUACGAGCUGCGCGAAAUGGUGGCCAAAAUCAAGAUCCUGCAGAGCGAACAGGCGCUGAUGAACUCGUCGGCGGCCGGCGGCGUCGCCGGCGCGGCCGGACCCGCCAACAACAUGCCCUUCACCCACUGCGAAAUGAGCGGAAUCAGGGCCGUCAUGGCCAGGGGAACUGGCGCUCCCGUUCCUCCCCCGGCGCUGGUGGCCACCGAAGUGGCCACUGAUUUGCACGACAACUUCAUCAACAACACGUCGGCCGGACAAGCAAACAGAGAGUCGACUCACUUGCCCAACGGAGAAGUGCCUUCCGGCGGUGGGACGACAACAACAACAUCCACGACUGGCCUGUGCGCCCUGAGGAUACCCCGUCCGCGCCGCCAGUCCAGUUUCUCAUCGGCAGAGUACCACCUCAUCAAUCCGUUUGUCCAACAACAACAACCGCAGCAGCAACUACAACAACAAGGCGAAGAGGACGAGGACGAAGAAGAGGGCGACAAUGAGACAGACAAUGACCUCUUCAGUCCGCCCGACACGCCUAUUCAUCACUUGCAGCAGCAGCAGCAACAACAGCAGCAACAACAUCGAACGCUGCAUCAAUUGCCGCAAAACAACGACAACGGCGCCGAUUCAGACUCGGGCAGCCACUGCGCCCUAUUGCCGUCCAGCUGCAACAGUACCGGGCUGCCUCAGCGUCGUCUCAUCCACAAAGAAUGGGAUCCUUCCGAUCAGACGACAACAAUAGCGCAAACAACAAUUCAACAGCAGUCCGGCUGUACCAGCAACUGGGUACAGCCACUGCAGCAACAGCUACAACACGAAAACGGCUGGCCGGGCCGGCCCAACGGCAACAACAAUGAAUAUCACGAACUGAGAGAAAUCAAGCAGACUCAGAUUUGAAAAGAAUAAAAGACUCUUUAAAAAAAAAAAAUCCUUUUUCUUCCAUGAUCUUUUUGUCAAACGUCGUCGUCACGGGCGACGUUAAAAAGAAAAAAAAAAAAAAAAAGAUUCGCCCGGGGACGGGCACGAAAGUCAACAACAAGAGGAAACAACCCGAUAAUCUGAUCACGGAGUUUCGAAAAGAAAAAAUGGCAGCCAUUCUUUGUGUGUGUGUGUGCCCAGUGAAAGAAAAGUGGGGGAGCAAAAAAUCUUGAAUUCAAUUCGCCUGAAAGAUUUUCCUGCCGGUAACAGAUUUUUUUUUUUUUUUGGUAGUAAAAAAAAAGAGCAUAAAAAAAAAAGAAGAAGCGAUUGGCGUUGCCAAUAUUGACUUUCUCUCCUAUUUUCUCCAGACACAAGUGAUCCGAAACCACAUCCACAAAUCUCUUCUCUUUCCCUAUUCUCCUUACUCUAUCAGCAUUUCAAUACGGCAAAGAUCCUCGUCUAUAUAAUACUAUCAGCGAGUGAGAGUGUGUGUGUGUGUGGGUGUGUACACAACAGUUCUUUUUCGAUUUUGUUCCUUAUUUAAUUUGUCAAUUAUCUGUCGUCAAUCGAUAUUUAUUUUAUAUAUACACAUCGCAUUGAUGUGUGUGUGUGUGUAUAUAUAAUAUAUUCAAAUAUCGGAUGAUGAGCAAGAGAUUGUGUGAUGGUUCCUUUUAUGUCUAUUCAUUUCUUUUUCGAAGCGUCCAAAAUGAUUGACAGUGAAUUUUCUUUGAAAAAAAAAAAAUAGUCUUCAUUAUUACGUCAUUCAUUUUGGACACGUUUGUUAUGGAAUUUUUUUUUGUGCUCUUCUUUAAAAAAAAAAAAAUAAAAAAUAACCUGAGGGGCGUGACUAAGUUCAGCUGGAAAACAACUUCCAGGGAGGGAAAAAUGUUUGUAAAAACAAUUUUAAAAAAAUUGAUUUAAAAAAAAAAAAUGUGUGAUUAAAAUUAUUGUGUGACGAUUGCCAUCAACUCCUAUACAUAUUGUACUGAUCGUUAUUGCAUAUGAAUGUACGGUUAUUU